AAAAAAAAUACACCAAAAAUAGGAUUCCAGGAUCCAGGCACAGCACUAAACGUACGCUCCUCAACUCACAAAACCCUCAAUUUUCAUCGCUAUAAACGGAAUCCUUCAUCUUCUUCUCUGUUCUUCAUCCAAAUUCUCAAUCAAUUCUCACAAUUCGCACAUUACAGAUCUCCAUAAUCGCUCUUUGAUUGAAUGAAUAUAUAUGUGGCGUUCGAUAUGCAAUCUCUGGAAUAACACAUAAAGUCUUGAACUGAGUUGAUUUUUCGAGGGGCUUCAAUUGCAUUAGUGAUGUGGACGAAUGUCUUCAAAAUUGGCGGUCUACAUCAAGUGUCAUGGUUCCAGCUUCUCCCAAACGAGUCUGAUCCCAUCCUAUCCGACAGAAGUUUAAAGUCGAAUCAAAAGGAUACUGGUGCACAGUUGGUUAUUUCAUCCCAUUUGCAAUUGCAAAAAGAUGGGUUUCUUAGCACAUGGGGUAAUUCUUUCGUUGGGCCUUGGGACCCAUCGCAGGGCCUGCAUAACCCUGACGAGAAAAUUAAAUUGUGGCUUUUUAUCCCUGGUCGUCAUUCAUCUGUCGUCGAUAAGGCCAAAGCUGCUGUAUCUAAACUAAGAGUUUUUGCAUCUGGAUUGUGGUUAGCACCUGGGGAUUCUGAAGAAGUGGCAGCAGCACUUUCUCAAGCUUUACGGAAUUGUAUUGAAAGAGCUUUAAUGGGACUCUCAUAUGUGAGAUUCGGGGAUGUAUUCUCAAGAUAUCAUUCAUCUUCACAAGGAGAGGAACUAUUCAGGAGAGGCCAGCCGGUGCUUGAGUUCAUCUUUACAGCAACGGAAGAAGCUGUAUUUGUUCAUGUCAUAAUAUCAGCAAAGCAUGUUAGGGCACUUACAAAUGGUGAUAUGGAGACAAUCUUAAAACGCACAUCUAGUCAUUCCGGUGUCAAGCUUCCAGUUAUUGUUGCACCUCAUGGAAUGCGUGGCAGAAUUACUGGAAUUUGUCCAGGUGACCUCGUGAAGCAAUUAUACAUCAGUUCGGGGAAGUUUAAGGCAAUAAAUGGAAUCGUAGGUCUUCCAAACCAGUUUUCCCAAAGUUCUGGCUGCCAAUUGAGGGGACAAAACUGUUAUAUUGAAGUAACCCUAGGGUGUGAAAAUGCCGAAAGUGAAAAAUCACUUCCACCAAAUUCAAAUACGAGCUCAAAGAAUCAUGUAUCGGAAUCUUCUAGUGUCGCAAAAGAAAAUGAAAAAACGUUUAUUUAUCCGGCUGAGGCGGUCCUUGUCCCACUUGUGCAAACAUCAUCCGCUAGAUCAUCUCUUAAAAGAUUCUGGCUCCAAAAUUGGAUGGGCCAGUCGUUAUCCAGCUCAUCAUUCUCUAUGCAAUGUGAUGCGUUCGGUACCAUGGAUGGAUCAUGGCAUGAUAAUGACAUGCAGACUCAACAUGGUUACAAUAGUAGUGGGAAUAGUAAUAGUAGUAGCAUUAGCACUAGUUCAUCUAGUGAUAGUGAUUAUAGAAUGACUGGUGAAACCGGUGAUCUUGAGGCUGAUGCUGAUUCACUAUCUUGCAUGAAGUCGGGAUUGACUACUGCUGACCAAAUGCAUAUUGAUGGCUCUAAGCUGGGUAGUAAGCGAUCUCGAACUGGAAUGACCGAGUCAUACGGUCAGGCUGGUGCAAUCGGUAAUGCAUCUAUGCAAGAAGGAUAUAACUCAAUGGAAAUCAACAAUGAUCAAGGUGGGUCCCAGUGGGACUGGGAUGAUGAUGACAAAGGUGUUGUCAUGGAUAUCCAAGCACUUCUCUCUGAGUUCGGAGAUUUUGGUGAUUUUUUCGAAAAUGACGUUUUGCCAUUUGGGGAGCCGCCAGGGACUGAGGAGUCACAAACACCGAUGUUUUCCGCAACCGACGGUGGAGAUGCAAGUAGCAGCCCGUUUACGGGGAUGAUCGAUUCCUCCGACCCAAUGAUAUUACCAGUCGGGUUUUCAUCAUUCGAGAGUUUCAAUCCACCAUCAACGGUUGUCGAGGAAUCAAUAAGCAAAAAUCAAGAAACUACAAAAGACGCUUUAUCUUCUGGAUCAAUGAACUAUAAUCCACCACCACCACCAACUUCUACCGAAUUUGAUUAUUUGAUAAAAGCGGAAGCCUUAAUGACCUUUGCACCAGAAUAUGGAGCGGUUGAAACCCCGACAACUGAUUUGUUAUCAUCAGUAAUUAAAAGCCCGUACGUUCCGAAAUCCCGAACAGCAGAGAGUGCAAAUUCAAGUACAAGCAGCUACGUUUACUCUGCAAUACCUCCCCAUCAUGAUGCAUCUGAUGAUAAAUCUAAACCGACCAUUGGUGUAAAUUCAAAAGACAAAUACUUGCUUCAAUCGAGGAAAUACUACACUCAUGUUGAAAGCGGAAAAAACGAUAAAAAAGACGAAAAACCGCCAUCUCGUGAUAAUAUUGUUGACGAUGUUGCACCAUCAGCAUUAUCAUUAUCGGGUUUUAAUUCUUCGAAUGCGGGUCUUAGGGCGUCUACUCGAAAUAAGAUAACGGAAAGUUUUCUUGUAUCGUCAAAAAUGGCGAUUGCAAAUGAGCUAGAGUGCAUUAUGUUUCAAGCUUUUAUGUGCAAGAUAAGGCAUACGUUAUUAACUCCCACCAGCUCGUUGCAAAUGAAUCGGUUAUCUGGAAGUAAUGUUCUGUAUCAAAUGCAUGGUGAAUCAAACGUUUUAUCAGAUAAUAUAUCUAAUAAAUAUGAUAUAAAGAAGAAAGAAACGAUUCCCGUUAGAAUUGCAGGUGAUUUAGACAGUGGGCUGCUUGAUGGGCCUUUAAACCCGCCCGUUGGUGUUUGGCGAACCGUUGGUGUCACUAAAGGUUCAAAAUCCAUGACACAGGGUAUGGAACCGUUUGGGUCGUUACCGCAUAACUCGUUUAAUGAGGAAGGAAUGUUGUCGUACGGUCAAAGGCAACCUCUUUUCGAGCUAUUAGAUGGACUGCCGUUGCUUUUUCAACAAGCAACGUCUUUUGUGGACGUGACGUUAGAUGCGGAUUGUGGGGAUGGGCCUUAUGGUUGGCUGGCAAUGCAGGAGCAGUUGCGGCGGGGGUUUUCGUGUGGGCCCUCUUUGGUUCAUGCGGGUUGUGGUGGGGUUUUGUCUUCUUGUCAUGCUCUUGACAUUGCGGGUGUUGAGCUGGCAGACCCACUUUCUGCUGAUGUGCAUGCAUCAUAUGCAAUCACUUUGCUACAGUCCGACAUUAAAUCAGCCUUGAAAUCGGCCUUUGGCACCUUUGAUGGACCCCUGACUGUCAGUGAUUGGUGCAAAGGGCGAAACGGUCAAACUGAUGUAUUUUCAGCUGAAUCAUCUGCAAGCAUAAAUGAUUCUUCGGUUGAGCCAAUAAGCCCAUCUCAAUCUGCUGGUGGGUUCACAUCUUAUCUUAGCAGCAAAGAUGGAACUCGAGUGGAUGACAUAAGCGAGUCAGAGCAGCAAUUAGGACUCAGGCCUGCACUUCUCGUAAUUCCUAUUCCCGCUAUUCUCGUCGGGUACCAGGAUGAUUGGCUAAAAACCUCAGCAACCUCUCUUCAACACUGGGAAAAAGCUCCUUUUGAACCUUAUGCUAUGCAGAAACACAUGAAUUACUGUGUCAUUUGUCCUGAUAUAGACCCCCUUACAACUGCUGCUGCAGACUUCUUUCAACAACUAGAGACUGUGUAUGAGACUUGCAAAUUAGGAACUCAUUCACCUCAAAAUUUUGGGAACCAAACGGCUAAGGAUUCCGGAAAAUGGUCUUCUUCUGGUUUUGUUUUACUUGACUGCCCUCAAUCGAUGAAGAUCGAAAGUGAUAGUGCGUCUUUAGUGGGAUCAAUUAGUGAUUAUUUUCUUUCUUUAUCUAACGGAUGGGAUUUAACAAGUUUCUUGAAGUCACUCUCGAAGGUCUUGAAAGCCCUAAAACUCGGUUCCUGUUUUGCCCCUAAUUCAAAAGAAGGGAACAGCACUCCUUGUACAGUAAUAUAUGUGGUGUGCCCGUUUCCCGAGCCAGUUGCGGUCUUGAAAACUAUUGUUGAAUCGUGUGUAGCUAUUGGUUCAGUCGUAUUUCCAUCAUCAGAUAAAGAAAGAAGAACCGCAAUGCAAAAUCAAGUCGGGAAGGCGUUAAGUUGUUCUACAGCCGUAGACGAAGCAUCGAUAUCAAACGUAGUGACGAUUUCCGGUUUUAGUAUCCCGAAACUGGUGUUACAAAUCGUGACGGUUGAUGCAAUCUUUAGGGUCACAAGUCCGUCUCUUAACGAACCCGUUAUUCUCAAGGAGAUUGCUUUCACGGUCUACAAUAAAGCCCGAAGAAUCUCUCGAGGGUCAUCUGCUGAUGUCAUCCCGUCAGUUUCAGUAUCGGGUCGAUCUCAGUCUCAUUCAAGUAUGAUGCAAAUGAAUUCUCCGGUCCCAGGGAUGUGGAAAGAUUCUAUCGGCUCGCGAAUGGGGUCGAGAGAGGGUGAACUCGAUGCUAGUUUACGCGCCGGUGUGUGGGAUAACUCGUGGCAGAUGUCCCGGUCCGAUAGACCCGGAGAAUAUUAUUUUCAAGACGAGCUGAAAUACAUGUUUGAGCCACUUUUUAUUCUGGCUGAGCCAGGUUCGUCGGAACGCGGAGUGUCACCGGAGUCGUUAAAGCUUUUAACUGACGAUGGUACGAGUUCUGAUACUGGGCUGGGCUCUCAAAUGGAUGGAUCUGAUGACGGGUUCGGGUCGGGCCAUCAGAAACAACCUCCGAGCCUACAUUGUUGCUACGGUUGGACUGAGGAUUGGCGGUGGCUCGUUUGCAUAUGGACCGAUUCUCGAGGUGAAUUGCUCGACAGCUGUACGUUCCCGUUUGGUGGAAUUAGUAGUAGACAAGAUACGAAAGGAUUGCAAUUUCUUUUCGUCCAAAUUUUACAGCAAGGAUGUCAGAUACUACAGGCGUGUUCUUCAGAUACAAACACCGCUAGGCCUCAUGAUUUUGUCAUUACACGAAUCGGGAGUUUUUUCGAGCUCGAAUGCCAAGAAUGGCAGAAAGCUCUUUAUUCUAUUGGCGGUUCAGAGGUCAAAAAGUGGUCAUUGCAGCUUAGACGGUCGGUACCCGAUGGAAUUGCAGCCAGCAGCAACGGUGGCCCGUUACAACAGCAAGAAAUGAGUAUGAUUCAAGACAGGAGUUUACAGUCACACGGCAAAGGUUCAAACUAUAUGAAAGGUGGGUUGGGUCAACCCAUGAGUAGAAAGCAGUUGUUAAGCGGUGGUAGCGGCGGCAGUCAUAUUGCAAUGGAUAAUUCAAAGGGCUUGCUUCAAUGGGUGCAAAGCAUCACUUUUGUAUCGGUUUCCGUUGACCAUUCACUACAGUUGGUUUAUCAAGCUGAUUCAUCUCCAGGCACAACUCAAGGCAGUGGAAUAAUGGGCCAAUCAUGCUACGUUGAAGGAUUCACACCCGUAAAAUCUCUGGGGUCCGCAUCCACAUCGUAUAUAUUUGUACCCUCACCCAGCAUGCGGUUUCUCCCCCCGAACCCGCUCCAGCUGCCGACCUGCCUGACCUCCGAAUCCCAACCGCUAGCACACCUCCUCCACAGCAAGGGUUCCGCCAUUCCCAUAUCCACGGGUUUCGUCGUCUCGAAAGCGGUGCCUUCAAUGCGCAAAGAUUCUAGAAGCAAUUGCAAAGAAGAAUGGCCUUCGGUCCUAUCCGUUGGACUUUUUGACUAUUAUGGAGGUAAUAGUAAUAAUAACAAUAACAAUGGUAGUAAUAAUAAUAACAAUAAUGAAAAAGCGAAAAACAUUGGCAAAUCGGGAAUGGAAAAUCAUUUAAUCUUGGAACGCGUAGCGGCUGAAUUGCACGCGUUAUCUUGGAUGACGGUGAGCCCGGGGUAUUUAGAAAGACGAACUGCACUUCCGUUUCAUUGUGAUAUGGUUCUCAGACUUACGAGGCUUUUACAUUUCGCUGAUAAAGAAUUAUCUCAGCUUUCUGUAAAAUCUGAAGUUUAGAGAGAUUGUUACAUGUGCAGAAAUAGUUGUACAAUCUAGCUGAAUGAAUGCAUAAUUGUAGUUUUUGGUCAUUAGGGACAAUGUUUUGAGGGUGGUUAGAAAAAAAAAUUAGUGAAAAUCUUUUAGAAAAAUACAUAGAUGAUGAAGUUGUUGUAGAACUUGAAUGUUUGUGUACAAAAACUAUUAAUGGAUUUUAAUUUUUUUUUGAA